AUGAUCCUCGACGCGGACGACGACGCCGUCGUCACGCGCCGCGCGAAGCGGCCGCGCGACGACGCCGGCGUCUUCUUCGGCGCCAGCGACGCCUUCGCGAGCGCGGCGCUCGAUCCAGUCUUAACGCGCCUGCGCGCCAGCGCCUGCCGCGUCGAGGACGGCCCCAUGCGAAGCGCGUCCAUCGCGUUGCUCGACGAGACGAGCGACGACGCCGACGGCGUCUACGACGCCAUCCGCGGCGCCUUCGCCGCCGCGAGGGGCACGACGCCGACGACGACGCGCGCGCAGCUCUGCGUCUACGGCACCGACGACCAUUUCUCCACGUGGCACCGCGACGAGGUCGGCGACGAGCUCUACAAGGCCGACGCGCUCGUCAUCUUCCUGAGCGACCCGCGCGACUACGGCGGCGGCGAGUUCGACGUCGGCGACGCGUCCGUGCCCGACCGGCCGCCGCGCGGCUCCUUCUGCGUCUUCGACGCGCGGCGCCAGCUCCACCGCGUGCGCCGCGUGACGCGCGGCGAGCGGCGGACGCUCGUCUGCUGGUCGACGGACGGGUCCGCCGCGCGUGAGCCGCUCGUCGCGCCGCGGCCGCCGUCGACGGCGCCGCCGCCGGCGACGGUGAAGGUCGUCGUCUGGGACCUCGACGACACGCUGUGGCGGGGCACGCUGGGCGACGACGGCGGCGACGAUGGCCGCGGGGGCCGCGCCGUCGAGGCGAACGACGCGCUGGUCCGCGCCAUCGCGACGCUCGUCGACCGCGGCGUCGUGUCGACGGUGUGCUCGCGCGCGGACCGCGGCGCCGCGGACGCGCGGCUCAACGCGCUGGGCCUCCGGGACCUCGUCGUCUUUUGCGACUUCGGCGACGGCCUCAAGGGCGACCGCGUCCGCGCGACGCUCGAGGCCAUGCACCUGUCGUCGCGCCACGCGCUCUUCGUCGACGACGGCCCCGCGAACCGCGCGGACGUCCUGCGCAGAAACCCGGGCAUCGGCGCGCUGAGCCCGGCGGCCGCGGAGGCCGUCCUGGCGACGGCGGCGCGCUGGGGCAAGGCCGACGCGGCGCGGGCGCGCCUCGCGCAGUACAAGGUGCUGGAGCGCAAGGCCGAGGCGCGGAGGGACCGCGGCGGCGACGACGACGCGGCGUUCCUGACGUCGUGCCGUAUCCGCGCGCGCGUCGUCGCCGUCGCGCACGACGACGUCGACGGCGACCGCAUCACGGAGCUACUCCAGCGCGCGAACCGCCUCAAUUUCACGAAGCGGCGCGUCGCGGCGAACUGGUACGUCGCCGACGAGGCCGUCGGCGCCUACGACGCGCACAAGUCCAGCGCCACGGAGAAGCGCUGCUGGAAGGUGUCCUGCGACGACGCCUUCGGUGACUACGGGGUCGUCGGCGUCGUCGCCGCGGACCGGCCCAAGGACGGGAAGGCGUGGCGCCUCGCACACUUUACAUUCUCCUGCCGCGCCGCGGGUAUGCGCGUCGAGAGCGCCGUCGCGUGCUGGCUCUUCGAAACGCUCGGCACCGUGGACGACGGCGGCGUCUUGGACGACAUCCGCGCCGUCGACGCGUCCUGCGUGGACUUGAGCGCUCGUUCCGGCGUUCUCCCGGAGCCCGUCCCGAAGACGAAGCGCGCCUUGCUCCGGGGCUGGUGCGCGACGCUCCAGCUCGCGCCCUGGCUCGAGCGCCGCGGCUACGAGGUGGCGUGCGAGCCCAAGACCUACGCCGCCGUGCGCUUCUCGUCGCUGCGCUGGCUCCGCGCGGCGACGGACGACGGCGCCGUCGCGGCUUUGUCCGACGCGGCGCUCGCCGAGGAGGCCGCCGCGCGGCGCCUCGACGGCGACGACGGCGACGGCGGCGGCGGCGACACGGCCGGGCUCCGGCGCCUGCGCGGCUACGACGUCGUCGUCCAGGACCUCGAGGUCGAUUCGAUCUGGCCCGUUGCGCGCUACCGCGGCAGCGGCCGCCGCGCGUUCCCCCUGGACCUCGCGCACCGCGACGCGGCCUGCGCGCCGGGGCUCGCGGAGGACUGGGCAUUGCUCUGGCGCCGGGCCAACGAGUGCCCGCGCGACGCGCGCGCCGAGGGCCUCGCGGAGUUUCUAUCGGCGAAGGACGUCGUCGCCGACGCGCGAUGGCUCCGGGCGGCGCUGCCGCGCGAGACGACGCUCGUGCUGCUGACGACGCCCGACGCCUGGGAUCCGCUGUACGCGUCGUCGCACUGGGCCGCGGUCCUCGACAAGAUCCCGGUCGACGUGCGGGCGGGGCUGUCGGCGCGCCUCCGGGACGUCGCCGACGCGCUGCGAGAAGCGUUCGCGGACGCGCCGGGCGUCGUUUUGGUCGACCGCACGGCGCACCUGGGGCCGGGCGCCGUCCAGGAGCACACGCACGUGAACCGCGAGGCCCAGGUCGCGACGGCCCUGGCCGUGAUUGGGGGGUUGGAAGGCGGGGAUGCUAUGACGGGCGCGCUCGAAGGCGAGGAGGAUCCUAGUUAA